AUGCAGCUCCUGACUCUCAUCCCAAUUUCCCUGACCAUCAUUGGGCUUGCUCUCGCUCGCCUUGUGAAGCUAUUCAGACAAGCAAAUGACCCGAAACGUGGUCCAGGGCCGACUCUGAUUCCGUAUAUUGGUCGUAUUCAUGAUCUCCCCAUACCGUACAUGUGGAUCAAGUUCAAGGAGUGGGCAGAUGAAUAUGCCGUCGACGGGUUCUACAGGACUGAGAUGCUCGGCGCCAAAUUUCUUGUCAUUUCGGACGAGAAAGUAGCGGAAGACUUACUUGUUAAGAAAGCCAAGUUCAACUCAGAUCGCCCUGCGAUGAGAUCCUUGUUUGAUUCGAAGAGCUCGUUUGGUUCUAUGGAGUAUCUGCCACUCAUGGGAAAGAACGAAUACUGGGCUCGACAGAGACGACUCGCACAUGCCUAUUUGACCAAAGGAUCAAAUGCUCAGUACUACGGCCUGAUGUACCACGAGUCAAAACGCUGGCUCGCCAGGUUGACUGAAAAUCCGGACGACUUUGGUUCUUCUCUUGAGGACAUGGCAUCCAAGAUCAUGUGCCAACUGACUUGGGACGACCCUACUGUCAGCGAGCUUUUGACCAAGAGCGCCUGGGGACUUCUCACGCAGAUGUCCCCGGCUGGACCGAUCACCAAUGUCGUCACACCUUUGUGGGAUCUUCCUUGGUUUUUGAAUCCGUGGAAACAAGCGGAGAAAAAGCGCCAUGCCGAGCAGCAGGCAUGGUGGAUGGAGAGACUCGUGACCACGCGCCAGAGAAUGGAGAAAGGCGAGCAACGCCCGUGCUUUACAAGGCAUUUUCUGGAGAAAGGAGAGAAGACUUCCAACAUAUCGGGCGAUUAUGAGGCGUCUUCUGUUUUGGGGAUGCUGGCGACAGUAGGUAUCUUCACCGUUGGCGGUCCGCUUUCAUUCUACUUGAUCGCGAUGGUACAUCAUCCAGACUGGCAGGCAAGAGUCCAGAAAGAAGUGGAUGAGGCUUGCGAAGGCCGUUUACCCACUCUCGACGAUAAAGCAAACCUGCCGAUCCUGCGUGCCUGCAUCAAAGAGACCAUGAGAUGGAGGCCAAAUGUGCCAACAGGAGUCGCACAUGAGAUGGAGGCCGACGACGUCUACAAAGGCUACUUCCUGGAAAAAGGGACCCGCAUCCUACCUUUAGAUUGGGCUUUCCUUCGCAACCCCAUCAAAUAUCCUGACCCAGACAACUACCGCCCUGAAAGAUGGCUGGAGCCAGAAUGGCCCACCUACCAAGAACCGUUGACUACCUAUCCGAGGAUUAAGGGGAUGUCAUCUUUCGGGUGGGGCCAGCGAGAAUGUCUCGGGCAGACCCUCACAGAAGAUGAGUUGGUAGUUGCAUGUGGUGCACUCGCAUGGUGCUUUACUAUGAAGCAUAAAAAAGACCCAGUGACUGGAAAAGAUAUUCCUGUGCCGGUGGACAAGUCCAACUCUCUGCUCAUCAUCAAGCCGGACCCGUUUCAGAUGGCUUUCGAGCCCCGGAGUGAAGCGCGCAAGCAGGAAGCCCUUCGUCUCUGGAGGGAAUCUGAGGCCAAAGACCUCCAUAAGAGAGAAGCCUUUCUAAAGGCGGCGAGAAGGAAGCGAGCAUAA